AUGGCUACCUGUGGGAGUCUCCAACACAUCUUUGAGGAGAAGAAGAAACCCAUAAUUCCUGAAACCCCCAUUUUCCUUGACUCACUAUCCUCUUCCUCAUGGAACCAGAACAACAUCAACAACUCCUCCCCCAUUGAUAAUCACUCUUUCACUGAGAUCUUCGGAGAGCUUCAUUUCAAGGAAGACUCCUCCUCCUCAUCACCAUCAUCAUUAUUUGCAUGUCUGCAAACCGAUAAGGCAAAGGAAAUGUUUGGCAGUCAAUCAGACUAUAAUAAUAACUUCCCACCAAAACAGUUUAUCAUGAGUAGUUCUGAGAGUUUACAGCUAUGCACAGAGGGACUGGGAUUCGAGAGUUCUGAUGAUGUUGAAGAGAUGAAAAGUGAUAUUGAUUUGUGGACAAACCAGGAGGAGAAAGGAAAAGAGACCCAUUCAAGUUCAAGUUCAACGCAGCAAGGAAAGGUAUGCAUGAGAGAAUACAGGAGGAGGUCGAGAUUAGUGGGUACUGGUGAAGGCUUUCCUCCUCCAAUUACUUCAAUUGGAAAAAGUGGAAAACCAGGAGUUUGUUUCAGAUCAUUCAGAUCUGACGGGAGGUUUGUCUUGAAGGAGAUCAGAAUUCCAACACAAGAGUUCCUUCAUGCCCGACGCGAAGAUGGGCGUCUCAGGCUCCAGAUUAUUCAAUCAGAGGAUGAUCAUGAAGGAGACAUGGAAGAGGAAGAAGAUCAUCAUGAAGAGGAAAUAGAUGAAGAAGAUGAUGAAAUUGAGAAUAACAUUAAUGAUGAAGAGAAGAAAGUAGAUUUUUUCUAA